AUGGAAAGGCCCAUUUUUCAGGCCAUUUCUGGUGGAAUCGAUUGUACAUUCACUGCGAAGAAACAAGGUGGUCUUUUGAAUCACGUGGAAGCCCCGACGACCACGGAUAUCCUUACAACUACAAUACAACCAGCAGGGCCUCGCUUCGAUAUUCUUUUCCUCAUCGACGUCAGCCAACAAGCGGAACGUCGAUUAAAUGAUAUAAAAGGUUUUGUCUCGAAAUUGAUGUCCGGUUACGGCGUCUCCCAGCAAAACGCUCGCGUAGCGCUGAUGGCCGUCGGAAGUGCUCAAAUGGGUUCGAUUCCGUUUGCAAACUUCGACACCAUCGAUUCGUAUGAAAAUCUCCUCAACUAUAUCGAAAUGGUGAAGCAAUACACAGAUUUCAAACAUGCUGGCCAGGCGAUUGAACAAUUUGACGACCACCCGCGAGAAAUUGCCGAAAAGAUCCGUAAAGAAGGCAAAUAUGGAAUAAUUACUGUCGGCUAUGGAACGAAACCUGCUGGUCGGGCUCUUCUUCAGGUCAGUGUUGAGUACUGA